UAGCUUGCUUUUUUUAUUACGAGUAAUAGGGAAAUCGCCUCCAAAGAAACCCCUUGAUUAAACCCCGCCAAUAGUUUUCACCCUCAAACUAACCCCCAGAUUUAUCAAUCAAACUCUAAAAUCAAGCGUCAUUCCAAAUUUCCAACAUAAAAAAAAAAAUGGUGACGCUGGUGGUGGCAACAACCACCGAUCCGGCGUCAUAUGGACCGGCAUCAGCACUUACCGCCAUGGGCAAUUGGAACCCUGGCGUAUCUUUUCAGGGGAUUAGGAGUAAGGUGAAUGGAGAAGUGAGAUUAUUGGAGCAUGAUAAAGGGAUAGUUGAAGAAGAUCAUUUGGAUAAUAGAUGGGAAGAGGUUACUGGCGAAGUUGUUCAUGAGAUUGUUUUUCUUAGCAAACAUACGGCUGUUACUAAUCGACCUGCUCUCACUAUCCAUCCUAUCGGUGUGCCACAUUUGAAAGAAGGAGAUGUUCCACCACAAGGAGGGAAGCCUGGGUGGGCUGCGGUUCCUAGUCCUCGGAUGACAUCUUGGUUGAUACUUUUAAAGAAAUUAGCCAAAUCUCAUAGCUUGGUUCCUGAGUUUGAGAUUACCUUGGAGGCUACUCAUCACGGUCCAAUUACAAACAAGCCAACAAUGUUUGUGGAGAUAGGUAGCACAACGGAAUGCUGGACGAGGCAAGAUGCUGCUCAAGUCGUUGCUCAGUUAGUUUGGGAAGGACUCGGAAUAGGGGGAGGUGAGCCUAUUGGAAACUGGAACAGUACGUCGGGUAACAACAAAGUCCUUCUCGGUUUAGGGGGUGGCCAUUACGUACCCCGCCACAUGGACAUAGUCCUGAAAGGUAAUGUGUGGGUUGGCCACUUGCUGUCUGGAUAUUCUUUGCCAAUGGAAGAUCCUGAUCAAUCAAGAGGUGUAAACAACUCAAAAGAUAUCGGAGGUACUUGGAAGCAUGCAAUCAAAGAAGCAUACGAUGCCACAGUUGAAGGUUUUCCUGGUGGAGAAAUUAUUGCUCAUCUUGAUCAAAAGAGUUUUAAGGGCUGGCAGAAGAAAGCAAUUACAGAGUAUUUAAGUGAACAGAAUAUUAAAAUCGGCAAGCCGGGUGAUUUUUACUGAUCUCAUUAUUGCGCAGCCCGUGGUAGUUAUUUUUUGAUCUAUUUGCAGCCUCUGAUUCUUGUACGUUUUUGAGAUAAUAACUUAUGUAUCAGAUUUUGGCUUUGGCACAUGUUUUGUUUGUAUAGCUUCUUAAAAUAACCUCAGCUAUAUGGAUGUAUUACUAAACAAAAAUGAUAAAUGUGGAUAAUUUGGUAGGUCUACAAAUAUGCUUAAA